ACGUGUCGCGGGCGGUGUGAUUUCGUGUUGGUGCUGUGAGACCCUUAAGCUUAGGCUUUGGAGUUGGGCUUAGGCUAGAGUCAGUACUCAGCGUUUGCCGCUGGGAGGAUACAGUCCGUUAGGAGGAUCUGUGACUGGCUGUUCCAGUCCUAAGGAGAAGCAGUGGUCGGCAAGAUGACGCCGCCCAAGCUGCUCACAUGUCAGGGCUGCGGCAGGGGAUUCGCCACGAAAGACCAGCUGAAGAAGCGGUGUCCCGUGCUGCUCGACUGCGGGCACAGCGUCUGCGAGGAGUGCGUCCGUGCCGCCGCCGCCAAGUCGCCGCUGAUGCCCUGUCCACUCUGUCAGCAGAUCACGGUGGUGCAGGACAAGACUCUGCCACCGGACGCCUUCAUCAAUGGCUGCCUGGUGCUCAACGUCCGGCCGCGCCUCAACGAAGAGUCUUUGACCUUUGUCACGGCGAAGAAGACCAAACAGCUGGUGCCGGAGAAGACUGUCAAACCGACUCUGUCUGAAAAAGAGAAAUGCGAGGAGUGCGGAUCCAACUACGGCUCCCUGCUCUGCGCCAAAUGCGAGGACACGCGAUUCUGCACCGGCUGCUUCCAAAAGGUUCACCGUGCGUCGAAGCUUCUGUCUCGACACGUGUCCCGGCCGGCGCCGCCCGGCUCCUCGGUGGCCAGCGGCAGCGACAGUGGCGCCGCCCUGGCGGACGCCCGGUGCUGCCCCCUACACGCCGGCCGGCCGCUCGAGUACUACUGCACCGACGACGAGGUGGCCGUGUGCUCGCACUGCUCCAUCUCUGGCGAGCACAAGGGCCACACCGUGGAGCCGCUCAGCGAUAGGAACGCUCGGCGCCGCCCGGAGCUGGAGGAGGCGGUUCAGCGCGCCCAGGGCACUCUGCGACGACUCCGCUGGGCGAUCAAGGUCAGUCCUGGGCCGGCUCUGCCGCCCUGCACCGUCACAGCGGCACUGACACGGGCCGGGUGGGCAGUGACAGCGGCACUGACACUGGCUGCUGGCCGCCACCAACGCCGGUUAACUGGGAGAGCACGCGGCGCGCGACGCGGCGCGUCAACCCAGGGUAGGGCCUGUGGUUAA